UGCUGACUUUGUCUCUCCUUCGGCAGUGCUGGUACCGGGCUUUUCUCUGAUUCUCCAUGGCAGCAGCACAAGGCCCUGUGAGCUGUGAGCCCGACACCCGCGUCCUCGGCACCUACCUCUCCUCUGUGCCCGUUGGCAGCAUGGGCAGCGUGGGCAGCCUGGUGGAGAAGCAGGACCUGUCCCCCCUGGAGCUGCGGGCCCCGCUGGGGGGCACACGGGGGCUUCGGCAGCCUGAUGGCUUGCUGCGAAAGGGGCCGAGCCAGCGGGAGCUCUUCGGAUACCUGCACGGAGCCAAAAAGGAGACACGGUCGGAACGGAAGCACCAGGCAUCAGGAGCGUGCUACAAGCGGGACUACGAGAGUGACCGCGAGAACCGAUCCCCUGAGCGCUGCUCCCGGGAGCAUCACCGCGGAGCUGACUUCUCCAAAAGCUCGCUGCCUGAGAGGGGCCGCUUCGACAAGUGCCGCAUCAGGCCCUCGGCCUUCAAGGCAGUGACUGGGAAGGGGCUGGUCUCCAUGCAAGGCCUCUCCUCAUCCAAGGGGCAGAAGCUGUCCAAGAGCAACGGGAGCCUACACACGCUGCUGUCACAGAGCACCACGGCGGCCCCACAGCAUGGCCCGCUCCGCACCCACCUGCUCCACGCCAUCAGCCUGGAUGAAGCCUCUGACUCCAGCCACAACUCCAUCCAGAGCUUCCCCUCCUAUGGCUCCCGCCUCAAGCCUGCCCAGAGCCAGUUCAGCGCCUCCAUGGGCCACAUCAACCACAUUGGGGGUUCCCUGGACAGGGUGUCCCGGAGCCCCAGGGACCCCCUGGCUCCUGAAAAGGCACCCUUGUCCUGCAAGAGCAUGGCCACACUGAGCCGGCUGCAGAGCCCUGGGGAGCCCCCACCGCCCUAUGAGUUCACCUACUCCCUGGAAGAUGCGGUGAAGCAGCUGGAGGAUCGGCUGAAGGAGACUGGGGGAGAGCUGCGGCAGCUCAAGAGGAGCCUCAGUGAGACCGAGGACCCCUUCGCGCAGGCGUUUGAGGACAAGCAGCGGCUGUGGCUGGACGAGCUGGAGGACCUGAAACAGAUGUACGUGGCCAGGCUGCAGCAGGUCACACAGCAGGCACAGCGCGGCCAGCGGGCGCUGCAGCUGCAGCUCUACAAGGCACAGCAAGAGAAGAAGCGGCUGCAGGAGGAGCUGAGCAUGCAGCAGUGCCAGUGCGAGGAGACCAAGCUCCGGCAGUCCCAGGGUGAGCGUGUCAGCCCCAAACUGGAGGAGACCAAGUGGGAGGUGUGUCAGAAGGCAGCAGAAAUCUCCCUGCUGAAGCAGCAGCUCCGGGACACCCAGGAAGAGAUGGCUCAGAAGCUGGGUGAGAUCUUCAGCCUGAAGACGCAGCUGCGGGAGGCCAAGGCGGAGGUCCAGGCCAGGGACUCCCAGCUGGCACAACUGGCUGAUUCCCUCCAGAGCCCCGCGGAGCCUGGCACCUCGCUGCCGCUGGGCGAUGACCCCAUGCCGGCAUGCCAGGACUUCCCUGGCUGUGAAACGGAUGACUCCAAGUGCCGGGGCCUCCACAGCGACUCAGCGGAGCCCCUGGAGCGGCAGGUGGAGUGGCUAUGGGCAGAGUUGCUACGGGAGCGGCGCCAGGGCCAGCUGCAGGCUGUGAACUUUGAGCUGGAGAGGAAAACCUGGCAGGAGGAGAAGGAGAAGGUGCUGCGGUACCAGCGGGAGCUCCAGGCCAGCUACAUGGAGAUGUACCACCGGAGCCAGGUGUUGGAGCGGGAGCUGCGGCAGCUGCGUUCGGAGCCCAGGGAUGUUGGGGCUGACUCGCCAUGGAUUGAGCGGGUGGAGUCCUCCAAGAUCUGAGCAGCACGAUGCCUGUGGGACCGUGAAGGGGGGGUCUCUUGCUGCUGCAAUGGAUGAUCUCAGGGGCUGCACAAGGACUCGCCACUCAUUGCCGCCCUGGGGAGAAGGACUGAUCACCACAAGGGAACUUUUCCUUCUUACAGUGCUUCGGGCCCAUCAGGGGUGUUCGCUGGAGGGGGGAUCAUCUGUACCAGGGGUCUUGCAUGUGCCCCGUGCUCUGACUCCGGGAUCAUUUGCCCUGCACUCCCUUCUACCAUUGGGGGCAUAAGACCGAAUGCCCUGUGAGCCAUUCCCCAUCCCUCCCGCUCUGUUCCCCUUUUCCCUUCAACCUGUAACUUAAUAAUCAUGCUAAGGGAGAGGCUCGAGCCCUGUCCCCAUCCCCACGGCCCUUUUGUGGGUUCCAACGGGGUCCUGGGAGCUCUCAGUGCCCUGGGUCUGGCCGAGGUGGUGCUGCUGCUGCUGGGAAGGCCCCGGAGGAGCUGCAUGCAGGGAGAGGGGGAGCUGCCCCAGCGCUGCAGCUGGGCUCUUUCCGUGUCGUGGGGCUGCUGGGGUAAGGGAUGGUUAAUGCAGCUCCCCCGCACGGAGUCCUUGGGCUGGGAGGAGGCAGCGCCACGGGAGAGAUGGGAGCAGGGAUGGGGCACCCCCGUAUCUCCUCCGAGGGCACGGGGAGAGGCGUAGAAGCAGCCCUGGGCCGUGCUUGUAACGUCCUCGGCCUUUCCUGCAAUAAACCUAGAUUUCGCUC